CGCGAAUCAACGCGAAAAUCCAGCGUUGAAACUGUAAUUGCUGCUCGGGAUGCCCUCUUUUCGAGACGACCAUAUCAUCGUUAUUCAGGUCGGAUCACUGUAUCAUAAAGCCGUAUUUGGACUAGCAGAGUCUCUCUCUCCGCCAAAAGUACAUGUUCGUACACGAGUUGGAAUUAAAGACAACAAUGAAGGCUACGUCUUCGACGAAAUCCAUGCAGUAGCGCCAAAGCCAAAGAACAAUGAGGAACUGGAUGGUGUCGCUGCAAACGAGAAGGAAAAAGAAGACAAUGAACCAAGUUUUCCUGCAUAUAAGUCGGAUUGUAUAAUAGAUGAUUGGAAGCCGCUUCCUAACGAAGUCUGUCCCAUUCUGCGGGGACGGGUUGUGCGCUGGGACAUUCUAAGGGUUUACUGGAAGAAUCUGUACGAUCAGCUUGUUGCCAAAUUUGCGACACAAAACGACCCCAAUGUUCGCUACCCCGUGUGUCUUGUUGUACCAACAUAUUGGUCUCGGAGAGACCGAGAAUUCGCUUGUCAAACGUUUUUUGAAGAUAUCCGGGCCGCCGCCUUCGCAAUCGCUGAAGAACCAUUGAUGGGAUUGUAUGCAGUAGGCAUUCUCAGUGGUUUAGUGAUCGAUGUUGGCUACGAAAAAACCGAUAUUACUCCUGUAAUUGACGGACAAAUUGUUUCCUCAGCUUCUCAGCAAGUUCAAAUUGGUGGCAGGCAUAUGACUCUUCAUUUGAUGGACUCACUAAAAUCCUCACUGCCUACGCUGCAGAGCAACGGUCAGUAUAUUCCCGCUGAGCAGGUGACAGAACUGUUUGCUGAACAGGUGAAAUGCAGUGCAAUUACUCAAGUUCUUCGGGAAAGCCCAAACGAGCCCGGUACAUACAAAGACAUUGAGCCUGAACACCAGUAUGAGGACGAGGGUGUAGAAGACAUCGGAAAAAUUGUAGCCAGCGGCCAAACGCGUGCUUACCUUGCACAAAAAGAGCGCGAAAAAAAAGGCUUGUUGCCCAAGCAUGAGCGGCCUGCAAAUGCAGACGUGGAAUUCCAAAAAAUCAGUGUCGCGCCACUAGGUGAAUGUAUUAUUGGACGUGAGCGUUUUGACACAUGUAAGUCUGUGUUCCAUCGUUCGUCCACCGUUGGUAUCAAUCUGGCUGAGGCCAUCUACAUGACCAUCAAGGGAUAUGCCAUUGAGUAUGAAAAACAAAACGAGCUCUGGGAGAACAUAGUAAUUGUUGGAUGCGGUUCUCGGAUACGCGGAUUCCGUGAAGGCCUGAUCCAGCAGCUCCAAUUCAAGUACAGACUGGUUGGAAAGGUUGAUCCAUACUAUGUUGCUCAGGGCACUGAUCCCAUUAUGGGCAUGACCACUUCGCCCCUAACUCCGUACCCAACGCUGAUCAACCCGAGCAAGACGCUUCCAGACUACUUUCCUGCAUGGAAGCAAGACUCUACUUCUCGACAGCCGCUGGAAGAGCUUCCGUUCCUCGGAGGAAGCAUCAUUGCCAAAACCGUGUUCAACGACUCCGUGGCCACGUACUACGUUACUACAGAUGACUACACACAAGUGGGCCCCGUUGCCAUUCACCGCAAAUAAAAUGACCACAACGAACACA